GGACCGUCAGGUGCCGACUAUGUGGGCGACGAUGAGAGAGACGUCGAGCUGCAAAUCGAGACAUCCAACUUUGGCGCAACAGUAGAGCUUGACCAGAACGUCUACACGUGGACCGACAAGGUGUUCAUCACCGUUGUGGCAUCAGACUACAACUUUGACUCCAACAUAGUCGACGAGAUCGGCACGGACGACAAGGGUGAGAUCACCAUCAGGACGCGGGCAGGCGAGGUACAGUACAGGCUAGCCGAGACAGGACCCGACACGGGCGUGUUCACCGGAGAGCUGGUGCUCACCGGCGACAAGGAUGCCCUAGACGAGGGUGGCCCACAGGGCACCUCAUCUGAAGGGCUAGCUUGGCCGACCGACGGCACCAUCAAGACAAGGACCUCGGACGGAAUCAGCAUAUCCUUCGACUACUCCGACAGCGAAGCCCCACUAGUGGCCUCUGCGCUCAUCCGAUGGAACGUCGGCGAGGUGCAGUGGCUCGAGGCAAGCUACGCGGCGACCGGUUCGGGCGUCGUGCGGAUAAUCGAUCCUGACAUGAACAUCAACCCAGACGCAGUCAACAGUAUCGACGCGGUUGUCUUUUCAGAGACAUUCAUAGGCGGCAUCGAGCUCACAUUAACUGAGACGCAAGAGGCCUCUGGAAUCUUUGAGGGAACAGUCGAGUUUGAUCCAGAGUCAGCUUCAGACGGGCACAGACUUCAGGUAACCGAGGGUGACAUAAUCACCGCCGCAUACGAGGACGAGACACUUCCAAAGCCCGACAACGGCGACACACUCGAGAUCACCGCGACGACACUGAUCGGAGCCAUCGUACCCCCACUGGAGCGCGCGCCGGCAUCAAACCCGGCCAUAGUGGAUGCCUUUGGCAACUCAAUAGCUUCGGUAUCGGUCGACCAGCAGGUCCUGAUCACAGCCGACCUCACAAGCGGACAGGACAGGGAACAGGACUUUGCGUACCUAGUCCAGAUACAGAACGAGGACGAAGUCACAAUCCAGCUGUCAUGGAGCGCCGGCACCCUUGGUGCUGGAGACACGUUCAGCCAGUCACAGUCAUGGACACCUAGCGAGACAGGAAGUUACACGGCAACCAUAUUCGUAUGGGAGUCCGUCAACAACCCGACCGCACUGUCACCACAACUCUCAAUAACGAUAGAC